GGAACGCCAACCAUGCAUGACCAGCGUUUUCUUGUUGAAGCGUUAGCUCGAUACAAGGGAUUUUUAUAUCUGAUCAAGAUGAAUCAAGACAAAGGAGUGCAGCGAUUCCGUGUACCGACCUACGAUGUGGAUCUCAUGUGGCACACUCACCAGCUGCAUCCUGUUACUUACUACAAAGAUAUGUUGAAGCUUCUUGGCAAAGUUCUGGAGCAUGAUGACACCGACGCUGAUAGAUCUGAAGGGAAGAAGCUUGAUGUCGGAUUUACAGAGACUACGGAACAGUUUGAGAGUAUGUUUGGUGCAAGAUACUGGAAGGCUGGAUGUAUGUACCGUGGCAACAUGCCGUCUCCUGUUACAUCCACUCCUCAGAUAUUCAAUACUGAGGUUGGUAAUGGAUCUGACAUCUGCAAAGCCCAUAAGGAUCUUAAUGUUCUGGACAUCACUUUUGUAGAGUUAUAUUUGCAAAUUGUGGACAUCAAGAAUUUACCAUCUGCUGUUCCAAAAGAAAAUGUGUAUGUAUGGUUCACCAAGAAUCAAUCAGAUAUGUUUAUCAGUGACGGUGGCAGGUUGGAUAUUUCAACAGUUACAGGGAAGACUGGAGCUAGUUUGCAGUGUGAACCUACCGGAGAACUCAUCCUUACAGUAAUGGUUGAUCAGGCAUCUAAGAAACCAGAACCAAUUGGGAAGGUUUCUAUUCCACUGCAGCAUCUUACAGGGCCUGAUUCUAAGCUCUCCUUUGAAUGGUGGUUUGAACUGAAAGCUCAUGGUGGGCAUGCCACUUCCCCUCCUGUUAGUCUUCGUGUUGCAGCCUCUGCUACUGUCCCAUCUAGCGCUCAGAAGGUGUUUAGCAUGGUCAGGGCGGAGCCUUUCUCUCUCAAGUCCUGUCUUUUGCCACAUUCCAUCAAGGAUCAGAAGAUGGGCAGCUGGACUCGUUUCUUGUAUGAUUGUGGUACCGAGCUUAUCCGUCUUCAGAUAAGAGAGCACAAGGUAAAGAAUGCUAUGGCUUGCAAGCGGGAAUUGGUUGGAGUACUGAAGUCGCGAAAGCAGCAUCUUCAGCUAGCAGAAUUCAGAGAAAAUAAGUGGAUGUUGAAAAAUUCAAACCUGUCGAUCAGCGGUAGCACUGAUGGCAGUAUGCUCAACCUCAAAGGUGACAACCAACUGAUCAAGCUGUACCAAGGAAGGAAACUCGAAUAUGAACGCAAGUGCUGCAAGUGUCACUCCGAGGAUGCCUCGGCUGUCACUGCUGUGAGGUUUUGUGCUGAGCACCCAUAUGGCAAAGCUGUGGCGUUGCUGGACACCGAAUCUCGGUUGAUCAUGGUGAAUGAGGAUGAGUUCCUACUUCCAUGGAUCACGAUAUCAUUCCUGUUCAUGUAUGCCGACUGCCAAGAAGGUGUGGAACUCAUCAGUAGCGCAGUAGUUCAGAAGGCUGUAGUGUCCGGAUCUGACACAGCCAUAAUUUCAGAGAUAAAUACCCUUGGAGCUAGGAGCGCGGCAGUGGCUCCUGUGCAAUUUGGCACUUGCAGCACGGCGUUGGGUGGUGAAAAGGUCACGGCAGGCUGCAAGACUGACCAUGCUAGCUCUGGUGCUUGCCCGGCAGCAGUUGCAAGUGGCGAGGAUGGCCACGCUGAGUCUGCUGGCUGUGGGAGCGGUUGUGGCGGCGGAAACUGUGGACCCAUGGUGGUUGAAGAUUCCAAGGCUGACAAUGCCAAGACUGGAGGCUGUGGUUCUGGAUGUGGUGGUGGCUGCGGUGGUGGGGGAGGCUGUGGCACCUUGUUGAAAGCGAGCACCAUGACUGGUGAGUGUCAGGCCAUGUCCAAGUCGGGAGGCUGUGGCUCCGGCUGUGGUAGUGGAGGCGGCUGUGGCACUAUGUUGAACUCCAAAGCUACGGUUAGGGAUAGCAUGAUCAUUGAAGGCUCCAAGGCAAGCCACAUCAAGUCUGGCGGAUGCGGUUCCGGCUGCGGUGGCAGCUGUGGAGGCGGUGGCUGCGGCACCCUGGUCAACUCCAGUGCUACAGCUGGCCAAGGCCUGGCCACGUCAGCUGGCUGUGGUUCCGGUUGCGGUGGCGGUUGCGGCACCAUGGUCACUGAAGGCUCCAAGACCAGCCAUGCCAAGUCUAGCGGAUGUGGUUCUGGCUGCGGUGGCAGCUGCGGCACCCUAUUCAACUCUAGCACUGCGGCUGGCCAAGCCAAAUCUGGUGGCUGUGGCUCUGGUUGUGGUAGCGGAGGCUGCGGCGCCAUGGUCACUGAAGGCUCCAAGACCAGCCAUGUCAAGUCCAGCGGAUGUGGUUCUGGUUGUGGUGGUGGUUGUGGAGGAGGCGGCUGCAGCGCCCUAUUCAACUCAAGCACCGCGGCCGGCCAAGCCAAAUCCGGGGGCUGUGGCUCUGGCUGCGGCGGCGGAGGCUGUGGUGCCAUGGUUACUGAAGGAUCCAAGACCAGCCAUGCCAAGUCCAGUGGAUGUGGUUCUGGCUGUGGUGGCAGUUGCGGAGGAGGUGGCGGCUACGGAACCCUAUUCAACUCUAGUACUGCAGCCGGCCAAGCCAAAUCUGGCGGCUGUGGCUCUGGCUGUGGCAGCGGAGGCUGCGGCAGUGGCGGCAUGGUCAUAGAGGGCUCCAAGAGCAACAUGUCUGGAGGCUGUGGCUCCGGCUGCGGUGGUGAGUGCAGCAAUGGCAUCAUAUUCAACACGAGCAGCACAAAGGCUGGCGGCGAGGGCCAUUCCAAGUCAGGCGGCUGUGGUUCAGGCUGUGGCGCCGGUUGCGGUGCCGUGUUCAAUGCAUGAUCCAAGCUCCUGGUCAGCUGUUGCGGCUUGGCUGGCUGUCUAGUCACCGGCGAUUGCAGCUUUGGUAGCUCAGGAGUGAAGAGUGAACUCCAAAGAGGACAGAGAUGCACAACAUGCUACUACUUAUUAACAUAAGCCGGAACCUUUCCUGGUCUUUAAAAAAAAAGAUACACAACAUGACCGCGUGCAUUGGUGUGCGUUGAGGAUUGAGGUGUCUUGUGCUUGUAAGAUAAAUAAUCAAAUGAAUAAAUAAAUAAUUGCUUGGUUUUACUGGCAUA